GGGGGGUGGGAUAAGCCACUCAAGGUUGUUUUAAUAUUAGCUCUUGAAUUAUUCAAUUAGGAAAAAGUAAAGAAUUCAUAUUCUUUUUCUUUUCUUCCUUCCUUUUUAUUUUGUUUUCUUGGAUGCAAAACCAGUUUAAAGGUGCUUCAACCAAUCAAGCUUUAAGCUUAUGUUGCAACACCUUUGUAUUUCAUUAUUUACUUGUGUUUUAUAUAUAUUUAUAUAUUAUCUGUGUAUUAUUUUACAUUGUACAUUGUGAACAUGCAUGCAUGAAUAAAUAAAUAAAUAAAUAACUUAUACCAGUUAAUAAAUAGAGGAAUAGCUUUAGUUAAAUGAGAUGAAAUGAAAUGAAAUAGUUAUUAAAAAUGGAAAACCAUGGUGAGAUUGCCGUUCCACGUCUUUCGUUGCGUUCUGACUAGUUGCCCUAGUUUUUUUCUAAUCCCCUUGGAUUAACGGCCAUGAGUGAUGUCGUAAUUCUGCUACAAGGGUCCAGCUGAUUAUUCUGUGUAUUCCCUGUGAGAUCGUAAAUUAGCUUCUGCAGACAUUGAGCGCUGACGAUUCAAUACCUUGAUACAUUUAAAGGAAUUCGCAAUUAAAGCAUCUAGCAGAGUAAACAAAGUUAUAAAUUAAUUUCAGAUUUGUCCUCGGUUACUUUAUAUAGCCUACUAGUACCAAAGAAGUGUAGUCGGUGAAUUUAGAGAUCGGGAUUAUUUCUUAUAUGAAAGUUUUCGAGUAGUAAAAAGAUAAAUAAAUAAGAAGGAAAAUGAUGUAGGCCCGUUUAACUUGUUUUUUGCUUCAUUGUGAAUUUGAAGAUUUCCCCUCGGGUUUAGUGCUUCUUGCCUUUCUUCAUUUAAAAUUUACCCACCCCUCUCCGAUUCGCUCUCUCCUCAAUUCUUCUUGGCUCGGUGUUCUUUGGUGUGUGUUUUUUCUAGUCCUUUUUGACCUCAUAUGGCCCUGUUUGGGUGUGAACGUUCAAGACCACAUGUCACCAGCCUCACGCUCUGAGGGAUGAGAUAACUGAUUGUUUCAUUUCAACAUUAACGAUCAAAAAUACGUUUCGAGCUUGAUUACAUACACCGCUCACUUCAUUCGAGUAACCUUUUUUUGCUCUGCUACUUCGGCACAGAUGAGAUCAGAUGAUCAAUAUAGGCUGUCCGAAUCAACGAUUUCUGUCUGGAAAUUUGAAUGAUUUGAUGAUUCAACUUUGUCACGUGUGUAUUUGGGAUUUCCCCUAAACCAUUCAAGAAAAGAUCACGGGAGGAAAACUUCAACUCUUUCUUGAGAAUUUGUUAAUAUUACUGUUUGUCUGUUCAAUGGAGAAAUAGAUUUCAGACAUUGACGUGGUAUAAUGUGUCUACGGUCGACGUCAUAUGGCAUUAGGCAUUACAGUCAGUAUUUGAUUAUCGACAGAAACUGUUUGCGAGAGUGUGUUGUCAAGCUUCGUUGAAUGUGUACUUCUUUAAAGGUUUACGUAAAAAAGUCAAACUCUUACUUAGCAGGUCUUAGUAUUACAUGCAUCAUAAUUAUUUCGCAAAGGGUUAUUUUACAUUUUACUGUCAUUGACGAUGAAAGUGACAUCAAGAAUCAAGCGCGGUUUUUAAUUCAUUCAGUGACGCAAAUGGUAAUCUUUAGCGUCAAGUAGAAAAAAAAACUUUGAUUACUAGCUUCGAAAUUAAUAACAAUGCGAUAUGUCGGUUACAGUCAAACUGUUCGCCACAAUCGCAACCUUGUGUCUCCUCCAUCGCUGUUACCGUUGCGUCAGAAGAUGGUCCCGUCUGUAUCAACGCGCCAAGUACAUGAACCAAAACGUCCCCUCUGUCCAACCUCAUUGGUUGUGGGGCAAUGUUUUUGACAACCCGGGAAUCUUCCAAGCAGGUCUAGAUUGGCACAUCAAAGCAGUGUCGAGAUGCAGACGUAUGCUUGUCUAUUGGGGGUUCUGGACGCCAUGUUUAAUUCUCAACCAUCCGGACACGAUGAAGGAAAUCUUAAAGAGCUCCACCAUUUCUCGACGGCCAGCUGGCCGGACUGGUUACCAUAUUCUCGGGGAAUGGCUAGGCCAAGGUAUCGCUACCUCUGAUGGAUCUCAUUGGAGACGGAAUCGUAAACUUGUGAUGCCGUUUUUCCAGUCGAAUUGUAUAAGGAAACAUCAUGUGCCAGUUAUUAAUAAGGCUACUGACAUUCUCCUAGAUAAGCUUGCAAUCAAAGCAGACUCUGCCACACCCUUUGACUUCAGUCACAUGAUGUUCAAUUUAUCAGGUGACAUCAUAUACCGCGUGGCGCUCUCUCAUGAGCUUGGUUGCCAGCAAGGUGGUUCCCCGGUUCUUGAUUCACUCAAUGUACUUACCGAGAUCGGGACUUCCAGAAUCUUGAAUCCAAUCAUGGCGAAUGACUUUCUUUUUCGGAUGACAUCGAAAUACAACAUGUGGAUUGAAGCGUUGGAAGUGGUGAACAAACUUUCAGAACAACUUAUACAAGAGAGGAGGCGACAACACACGCAGGAAUCGUGCGAGGCAGCGACGAAAUCAAGUGACCUGCUUGACACUCUUCUUCUCUCGACCUACUCUGAUGGAAAACGACUAACGCAUCGAGAAAUCCGAGACGAGGUAAAUACAUGCAUUUUCGGAGGCGUUGAUACAACGGGAAGCGCCCUCACAUGGUUCUUUAUGGACAUUGCAAAGCAUCCUGACCAUCAGACACAGGUACAGGAAGAGAUAGACAAUGCUCUCCGUGAUCAUUCAGAGGAUGGCACUGACUGUUAUGAUGAACACAAGCUCCCAUACCUGAUGCAGUGCGUCCGAGAGUCUCUACGUCUCCACGCCAUGCUCAUGCCAGCAAGGGCUCUGCUGGGACCACUCACCGUAGAGGGCGUCACAAUUCCUCCGAAGACCGGCGUCAUGAUAGAUUUUUACCAACUACAUCACAAUCCCGACAUAUGGGGUGAAGAUCACAUGGAGUUCCACCCUGAGCGCUUCGACCAGGAGAUAUCCGCUAAGCGCGACCCCCAUGCCUUUCUUCCGUUUUCCAUUGGUCCACACCAGUGUAUCGGGCAGAAGAUCGCAAUGCAGGAGCUAAAGAUAAUUGCCAUUCGAGUUCUGAGAAGAUUCAGUCUCCGUCUUGUCAAGGAAGCUAAGACAAAGUUUCGGAUUGUUGGUAAACCGGCUAGUGAAGUCGUAUUAGCAAUCAGACAUAGAAAAGGUCCCGAUAUUUAGAUUUCAUCUGGAGCCGUGGAACGAAUUUGAAGGGGGGGGGGGGGGCUGAACAUGAAAAAACAAAAAAGUGCGUACGUGUAUGAAUACAUGAACUCUGAAUUAAGGUAUAUCCUCUUCUAAUAAUUUUUUUUUAGUUUGCCCCGACUAAAGUGAGUUGUUAAGUCUUUCAGUUUCCAUACAUGUUAAGUGAUAAAGAAGAUGCACGCGAAGAUAAAUUCAUUUCAAUUUUCAGUCAACGGCAGUAAUCACUCUUAGCAGCGGAUUCAGUGACAUUGUAGUUGAGGAAAAUAGGAAGAUUUUUUUUUUCAUAGAAAUUUGCUUAAUAUCUCAAAUGGUUAUCCACAUGGUGUCUGUGAAUCAGUUCUCGUUAAAUUUCCAAUACGUGACGACGAUUGAGAAGUUUUAAUGUUAAACUCGGGAAGCUUUGAUUAUGUAUUCUACACGAUUUAAAACAUUUUUUGCCACAAUUGCGAAUCAAACAAGUAAGAAUUUAAUGAAUCUUCACAUAGCUUAUUUGAAGAAUACAAUGCAAAUCAUUUGUUUCCAUUGCAAAGACAGGUGCAAUAUGUUUAAGUGGGGUUUAUAUUACUAACAGCAGGUUCAAAUUAGGUGUCGUUUUCCUUAUUUUGUAACGCGAGUAUAUAGGUUCCCCCUCUCCUAAUUCCUAUCGAGCGAAAUGCGAUGUCAGCAACUAUCUUGAUCUCUCUGCAUCAUUCUAUACAUGAUUUAAUCACCCGUAGGCCCCAAUUUAGGUAUUGUCAGGAAUGGACAGAAGACGACACUCGGUUUCAAGUUCUUCAUUUGAAUAAAUAUUGUUGACCGCAAUAUAUUCUGUUCAAUAAUUAGUGACAUAAUAUUCGUUGCGAAAUAGAAUAACUUUCCCCAAAGUACACUAUAGGCAAUGACAUGACGUACAUUAUGAUCAUUAUCAUUAAAUCCCCGUAAUAUUGCAUUUCCUCUUAUAUUCACUAUUUUCCUCUCUAUUCGCUUUAAGAUGAAAUAUAAACCCAACGAUGCAAUAUCAAUUUUUAAACGUUUGUUGUUAGUAAAGUCCGUGGAAUGUCUUUCGCGUUGGAAGGGGUCGAUUUCUUUGAAAUUUUGCGUUCGUUUGUUUUAAUCAAGUUUAAUCCCUCGAAAACGAGAACAUUAUUUCUCCCUGAGUCCCUCCCUGUCAUAAGGGUGUCUGAACAAAUAAAAGCUCCUGGUCAAAAUGUCUUCUCUGUCGACUAACAACUAAAUAAAAACGGAGUAUCCGCCCUUAAUAUCCAGAGAGAUUGCUUGUUAUUACACCUUCCUCGCCUUGUUUUGAGUUUUUCCCUCUACUUUUUUUUUCCACUCGUACAGUAAAAGCCGGAAGGGUUCGUGGCAAGAGCUAAGGUAAACCAGUUACCUCACUUCUCUCCCCGCUCAAAAUUAUUCUUCAGAAGAUCACUGCUUGUUAUUUCAGUCAUGUUUCACGAUACGGCGAGACUGUACAAUUUGCAGUCACCUGUUUAGCCCAUUCCAUGCCAGUACUCGCUAAUUGCAGCAUAAUCACCCAAUAAAAACGCAAUUCUGCCGAGCAAAUUGUAGACCCUUCAACCUGGAUUUGAUAGUGAAGCCAUAUUUGAUUUUCCUCUCUUCUACAUUAAACAUUUUGCUUUUUUUCAUGUGGCGACACCAUUUUCUCCACAUGUCAUACUGCAAUGGCGCCGCUAUCGACGUGCGCCCCGCCUCGCAUUUUCAUUCAAAAAUCAAUUGUUAUGAGCAAACAGACGAUGUCGUACGGGCAAACGUCAUACAUUAUUAAGAUGCAUUGUCAGAAACACCUGGAUAGCAUUUCAACUGAUCACUGGCAUACAACCAGGGGCCCUUUUCAAUGAUCAGGGGUCUUCUAUGAGGGGGAAAACAAAUUAUUUCGCAUUUGUAACUUUCUAAUUCAUUUUUCGAAAUGCUGUUUCCAACAAAAGAGUGUAAAUGUAUGCUGAACCGUUUCUCUGUCUACUUCAUGUCCUCAGGCAUUGGCUUGUGCAUUUAAAUAACUUAAUACUCUCAUAGAUGAGAUGAUACUGAUAGUUCUUGAAAGAUGGGCCAUUAUUCUGAGAUAUCGUUGAAAAGAAUCAAAUUACAAAUUAAUAAACAAAUGUCAAUAGAUAUGUAAAUAAAAAAAAUGAGUAAACAUUAAAAAUGAAUAAAUAAAAUAGCUGAAUAUAUAUGAACAAAUGAAUAAAAAGUUACCUCACUCCAAUUCAGUGAAAUUCUGUUCGAUACCAUUGCAAAGUAUUACAGGUAAACUUAUAGAAGACAGCGAGUACACACUAAAAUCGAAGCAUCUGUGCAAAUUAAGUGAUGAUUUGUUACGAUGGGUCUAUGGCAAUCAUAUUAUAUAUGGCUUGGGGUAUAUACAGAUUUAUUCGUUUAAGUAUCAGCUGAUGUGCAAUUAGAAUAAAACAUAAUAAUAAAAAAUGGCAGUAUACAUAUUGAUCGUCACGAACCCCUGGAACCGUUCGUGAAAAUCCCCUUUCUCUGAACUUGAGGGAGAUGGUGGGUUGUUCUCUUCGAAGUACUCAAUGUAAGUGCCGUUUGAAAACCUGUUUUUUAAAUAGGACAACUCGUUUUUCCAAUUUUAAAUCGUUUGAAAGGUUCACAACUUUGAUAGGCAGGACCUUAACAAAAAGUUCAAACAGACAAAGAGCAAACCGAUUAAAAACAUGCUCUUAGGGUAUUAAGACGCUUUCAGAAACAACAUCGGCCAAAAUAACCCUUAACAAAUAGCCCUUUUGUCUUGAUUUAAACUUCGUAUACGGAAACAGACAUUUGCAGCAGGUUUGUAUCGUCUAUUUGAUUCCACCACAAUCAUCAGUGACUGCAAGGAUAGUAAAGAAGAAUUGUUUUGAUUUUUAAGUUAAAAAAAGAUGGUGAAAGGUUGAACAAAAUUGGACAACUAUUGGGAAAAAAUGUAUUUUCAAAAGUUGUAAAAAGUUGCAAUCACUCUCCCUCCGGGGAUUUGAAUUCGGAUGUAUAAAUAACCGGAUUCUGGUGAGGGGGAAAAUGAAUUAUUGAAUAAUUGAAUCAUUUUAUUAUCAAGGUUGAAUUAUUUUUAUACAUUUAUCUCGUUAGCACUUUUUAUGAUGAACAUCUGUCUUAAGAAUAUUUCAUCAAUUAAAAUAUGUGUUGGUUUAAUAUUACAAAAUAUGUUUGUUUACACUGAAUGAAUACAUGCUUAGAAUUCUGGACUCUUGACUUUCAAAGUAGAACACACGAUUGAUCAGGAAACAAAAUGGAAAUAAAUAAAAUGGAAGCUGAAAGUCAGUUUGAUCCGUGGUACCGUACAUCUUUCCGGGUUUUUUUCUUAGCAAUUAUUAGCGAGUUUUCUCAUAACUAUGCAGAACAAAUUUUAGAACACAGUAAAUGUAUUGAAAAUGCCUGUCAAAUGACAAUUAACAGCUUGGAGGUCUUUGGCAUUAAUAAUUUAUGAGUCGGCACAACAUUUCGUGCUUAGUUUUGAACCUGGCGAAAAAUUACAGAUAUGUCGUUUGUCCAAAGUCCAGGAAAAAAAUUCUGUUUUGAUUUACCAAUUUUCGACAAAGAUUUAUUGGUUGCUCAUUGUCAUGAAGGUAAUUUGACAAUACAUUUUCUAUAUUCGUAAACGCGUUCUGCGUGGCGGUGCGAUAACUCGCUUCUGUUUUAUUCUGCGAGCACAGACCCCGAUUGGAAAUAGUGUCAAUUAAAGAAUUGUAAGACGAUUGCGCAGAUUUCCAUAAAACAAUUUCUAGGACGUCCUAUCAGCCCUGGACCCCGUCUUACAAAGAUUAUUUUACGAUUGAUCCGAUCAACCUCAAGUGUAUGGAAAUCCAUCAAUAUCAUAAUUUUUUCUUCAGGAACGUUGUACAAUAUCCUUUGUAAACAAAGAGAAGCACACUGGAUUAUCAAGUAAAAUGUGAAUAUAAUAUAUACAUCAUAUCUAGAAAUUAUUCUAAAUAAACAUGUAUUUAAGAUGUUGACAUUGUUCGCUUUCCAUAGAUGUGGUUGAUUGGAUCAAUCGUAACUCUUAAGGGAUGUUGCAAGAAAACAUUUGCGAUCAAUUGCAAAUAUUCUGUUGCAAUUUUACAACUGAUAGAUCAACGUUAGCUGUAGCAAAUCAGAUUAAACUUCUUGUUUCAAGGAGCAAAUUAGCAAUCAAUCACUAAUUUGCAAUAAACUGCAAGACAUUUAAUUGAUUUAGGGACCAAAAAUUGACUUGCAAUUGAUCGCAAGUUUCUUGCAACACCCCAUUAGUGUAAGACGGGGCACUGGUAUGCAUGCACGUAAAAAUAUGUCCCUAUUUUGCUUUAUACAGCGGAAGGUGUAAUGGAGUGCUGAAGAGCGAUUACUAUUUAUCUGAAGCUAUUUAUCUGAAUAACAAUAAACACACAAUGACAGGCAA